AGGGUCAGGAUUAUAUUGGAGAUCAGAUCAAAUAACAAAUUUCUAGCUUGCAACAGUGUUUCAAAACCAGUCAAUGUAGGAGGAGAAUGCUUGUCCAAUUCCCUCUUAUUUUAUUCGCACAUCAUUAGCCAGUAGCUAGCUAGCUUGCUUAUGCUUCUUCCCAUCUCUCACAGUACUACUACUAAUUCCCAUCAUAUCAUUGCUUCCCUCAUCACACCCAUCUCCUUCUUCCUCCCCCUUUCCUAGCCAUUCCACCUGCAUGCCCAUGCGACUCCGAUGAUCCACCAGCCAUGGCAAGAUGCUUGAGAGGAAGAUAGGUGAUACACAGGAGAGGCUAAUCCAUCAGCAUCAGCAUCAGCAUCAGCCUGAGUGAGAUGAAGGAUAAGGAAGUGGUUGCUGAGAUUGUUGAGGAUGAUGAUGAGGAGACGAAGAGGCCGGUUGAGAAGAAUCGGUUGGACCUCAACGAGGUCGUCAUGGAUGUGGAGAGCGAGGAGGGAGAAGUCGGCGACGAUGACGAAGACGACGAUGGGGAGGACGAGGAGGACGAGGGGGAUGACGACGACGAUGAUGGCGGUAGCACCACCGACGUUGCGGGAAGCAGGAGCUCCAGCAACAACAGCAGCACCAACAAUCACGUCUCCGAGAGCAAGCUGAAAGGCGACAAGGAUCACGGCGGCGGCGGCGGCGGCAAGUCGGAGGGGAACGGCGGCGAGCAGAGGGUGCCGUCGGUGCGGCAGUACAACCGGUCCAAGAUGCCUCGGCUCCGGUGGACGCCGGACCUCCACAUGGCCUUCGUCCACGCCGUCGAGAGGCUCGGCGGCCAAGAGAGAGCAACUCCUAAGCUGGUGCUUCAGAUGAUGAAUGUUAGGGGGCUCAGCAUUGCUCAUGUGAAAAGCCACUUGCAGAUGUACAGGAGCAAGAAAUUAGACCACGAAGGUCGCCAGAUCAGGGGAUCCAUCGCCUCAGUGUUUUCUCCGAUGGAUUUCCACCUGACGAGAGGCGACAGACGCUUCCACGACAUGCUCCUCCAGAGAGCCGCCGCGCUCUCCUCCAGGCCGCCGGAGCACGGCGGUUUCUUCGCGUCGAGGAGCGGCGGCGGCGGCGGCGGCGGCGGAGGAGGAGCCUUGCCGGAACAGGCCAGCCGGCUGUACGGGCUCCUCCAACACCGGCAGUCUCCGGCGUCGUCGCAGACGUUCGAUUUCAAGAACAGCAGCUUCAGGAACCAAGAGUGGUCGUUCAGCUUCAACCAGCGGGAAGUGAUCAAGCCGUCGUCGUCGUCGACCACGGCGGCGGCGCACUUGUUCGCGUCCUCGUCCGCGACCAGGCGGUGGCCGCCGUCAACCGCCGCGGCCGGUGCCGACGCCGGAGAUCAUCGGCAAAUGGUAGACGGAAGAUUCGGGUACUACGCCGGGAACGGCGCGUCGUCGACUCGGCCGCAGCUGAUAGCGAGGUCGGCGGCCAUGGCGCCACCGGCGACGAUGUUGGCGGCGGCCGCGGUCACCGCAGGACGCGAUCACCGUUUCCCGUUUGGAUGGCACAGCGGCGGCGGAGGCGGCGGGGGCGGUUGCUACGACCCUGCAGCCAGCACGGUGGCCGGCGGCGGCGGCAGGAACAGAUCGUCGUCGGAUCCCGUGGUGAUCGACGAAGCCCUAGAUUCCCGGCGCCUCGAGCAGCAGAAGCAUGCAGAACCAACGACGACGAUGACCCCGGCCACCACACCGUCCGGCAAGAGGCCGCCGGAGUGGGCGGCGCCGGAUCUGCAGCUCAGCCUGUCCCCGACUACGAUGGCCGCCGGCGCAGCCAAGAGGAGCAAGACGACGCCGCCGACGACGAGCACGACAGUGUCAGAGCAAGAAGCACAGAUGGAUCGCCGCAGCAACAAGCUGUCCAUCUCGCUCUCGCUCUCGCCGCCGGCAGCGGCAGCAGCAGCAGCUAACUCUUCCAUGGAUUCGUCCAUGGCGCAGCAGCAGCAGCAGCAGCAGAAGCAAGAAAAGACAACAAUAGAAAGCAGCGAGGAGGCCUCUGAUGAUGAUCUGGGGCAGAGUACUUUGGAUCUGACCAUGUCGAUCAGAGCAUUGGAGUGAGAUCUUUCAAGUACUUUGCACCCCCCAAGGCCUUCCAAGAACUGCACACUGCACCAUGCAUGACAGCAAUAAGAUUAAUUGUUAAUUUUUUAACCUUUGUCUAUCUCUCAUCUACCACUAGUCCAGUACAUAGAUAUAUAUGUGUAUGGUAUGGUCAUGCAUGCAUGUUUGCUUGGUUAUUGUUUCUAGGGGGUACUCUUUGCUAUCGAGCUAUAUAUGGCCAUAUGCAUGCAUGCAUGAUCAAUCACUGUUCUUCUGUGACAACAUCUUUGGGAAACUAAAACCAUCCAGAUAAUUAAGUAUCAGUGU